CUAUCUAGGCAGGGGUUCUUCCAAACCCUCGACAGAUAACGCUCGAGAUCGGCCCCCGCGUGCUCCCUCUCUCUCUCUCUCUCGCUCCCCGCGAUGGCAUCGUCUCUGUUGAGUAGAACACUCGCCGUGCUUCGACCGAUCCGUUCUUCGGCUUGCGCUGCCCACGAUUCGAGAAAGAUUUUCAACCCUUUCUCCAAGAGAAUAGUGAGUAGUGGCCGCUCCGGCUUGUCAUCUCUGGUUCGUCCAUCUACUUGGUCCGUCCGGCGCUUUGAAUUUGCUUCCACGAGCCUGAGGGCGACUACGUCUGCGAUUCAUACAGUAGCGCAUUGUGAGCCGGUUGUUUCUGCCGAUUGGCUUCUUGCUAAUCUUAGACAGCCUGAUGUCAAGAUACUAGAUGCCUCUUGGUACAUGCCUGAUGAGCAAAGGAAUCCUUUCCAAGAAUAUCAGAUGGCUCAUAUACCUGGUGCAUUGUUUUUCGAUGUUGAUGGAAUAUCAGACAGAACAUCUAAUUUGCCACAUAUGUUGCCAUCAGAAGAAGCUUUUGCUGCUGCAGUUUCUGCACUUGGGAUUUAUAACACAGAUGGGGUGGUUGUUUAUGAUGGAAAGGGAAUAUUCAGUGCUGCUCGUGUGUGGUGGAUGUUCAGAGUUUUUGGACAUGAUAAGGUUUGGGUGCUGGAUGGAGGCUUGCCGCAGUGGCGUGCUUCCGGAUAUGAUGUCGAGUCCAGUGCCUCUGGAGAUGCAAUUUUAAAAGCUAGUGCAGCUAGUGAAGUAAUUGAAAAGGUUUAUCAUGGAAAGGUGGUUGGAUCUUCAACAUUUGAAGCAAAGUUUCAGCCUCAUCUUGUAUGGAAGCUUGAACAGGUUAAGCAAAACAUAGAAGGACAAGCAUAUCAGCAUAUAGAUGCACGUUCAAAGGCGAGAUUUGAUGGUGCAGCUCCUGAGCCACGGAAGGGAAUCAGAGCUGGUCAUGUUCCUGGCAGCAAAUGCAUUCCUUUUGGCCAGAUGCUGGAUAGCUCACAAAUGCUCUUGCCUGCAAAUGAACUUACCAAAAGAUUCAAGGAAGCAGGAAUCACAAUUGACCGACCUGUGGUUGCCUCCUGCGGUACUGGUGUGACUGCUUGCAUACUUGCCUUAGGUUUGCAUCGGCUUGGAAAGACUGAUGUUGCAGUCUACGAUGGAUCCUGGACCGAGUGGGGAUCACAACCUGACACCCCUGUCACCACUGCUUGAAUUCUUAGAUGUUUCGAUGGAACCAUCUAUCAUUCUGAUAGCAGAUCAUGAGAGGGAGGACAUGCUUCUUUAUUUGUACAUGAGAUAAUUGCGAAAAUUUUGAACACACGUUAUUGGUAAUAAAGCAAUGUCCCUUAGUUAUUAAA